UUUUUCAAUUCUUUCAUAUCUUUUGAUUCUUCUUCUUCGGAUUUUCAAGAAACUUAAAUAGUUUUUGAAUUGAUUAUUGUGUUUUUGUAGAAGAAAAAUGAUGGAUGUAGAAGCAGGUGACAACAUGGCCUCUUUUGACCCCGAACUUUUACAGUUACCGGAAGUGUCUCCGAUCGCUCUCAAAGCUAAUCCCGCCAUCGCCGAUCAUCUUUUUUCUCACUGGCUCUCUCUCCCUGAUACUUCCCGAUUGGUGAAAUGUAUGAUUGCUGAUUUGAAGACCGGGGCAUCUUUGAAUGCCCUGGGAAACUCUAGCACCAGUGCUAUGUUGAGCAAUUCUUUGCCAUCCAUGUUUGCUGGUAGUAGCACGCCACCACUUUCACCGCGUAGCUCAUCUGUUUCUCCUCGUAUUCUGAAACACAGGGCCGGUCCCUCAUCUUUAGGUUCUCCAUUAAAAAAAGUUAGUGAACCAAAACGAGAAGUCAUCCCUCAGUUUUUCUUUAAAAAUGGCCGUCAACCUUCAAUUGAGAUGAUAGAACAAUGCAUGUUUGACAUUAAUCAGCACUUCUAUGGUCACCCGGAUGGGCUGCCAGAAAAUGAGUUUAAAACAAUCACAAGGGGCCUCUGCAAACUUCCGUCUUUUUUCUCCAGAACUCUGUUUAAAAAGAUUGAUUCUGAUAGCACUGGCAUUGUGACAAGGGAGCGGUUUAUUGAUUAUUGGAUCAAAUGCAACUUGUUAACCAUGGAUCUUCCAACCAGAAUAUAUAAUGUUCUAAAGCAACCAGAUCGUGAAUACCUUACUCAGGAUGAUUUCAAACCGAUUUUACGAGAACUUUUGGCAACACAUCCAGGGUUGGAAUUUUUGCAGAGCACAGUAGAGUUUCAAGAUAGAUAUGCCGAGACAGUGACGUACAGAAUAUUUUACUAUGUUAAUAGAGUGGGAACUGGCCACAUUACUCUCAGGGAGUUGAAACUUGGGGAUCUAAUUCCUGCAAUGCACCAUGUAGAUGACGAGGAAGACAUUAAUAAAGUCUUAAGGUACUUUUCUUAUGAGCAUUUCUACGUAAUCUACUGCAAAUUUUGGGAGCUUGACACCGACCAUGAUUUCCUAAUUGACAAAGAAAACCUUAUUAGAUAUGGUAACCAUGGUCUUACCUACCGGAUUGUCGAUAGAAUUUUUUCUCAGGUACCAAGGAAAUUUAUUAGCAAGGUUGAAGGAAAGAUGAGUUAUGAAGAUUUUGUUUACUUUAUACUGUCAGAGGAGGAUAAGUCUUCUGAACCUGGGCUAGAGUACUGGUUCAAUUGCAUUGAUAUAGAUGGAAAUGGAAUUAUCACACCAAAUGAAAUGCAGUUCUUUUAUGAAGAGCAAUUGCAUCGGAUGGAAUGCAUGGCCCAAGAGCCGGUGGUCUUUGAGGAUAUAUUGUGCCAGCUUUUUGAUAUGAUUGGACCAGAGAAUGAUGGCUACAUUACACUACGUGACUUGAAAAAUUCCAGGCUCUCUGGACAUGUUUUCAACAUUCUUUUCAAUCUCAAUAAAUUCAUUGCUUUCGAAAGUCGCGACCCUUUCCUCAUUCGACAGGAACGUGAAAAUCCAACAUGGACAGAGUGGGAUCGUUUUGCACAUCGUGAAUACAUAAGGCUUUCCAUGGAAGAUGAUGGUGAGGAUGUUUCAAAUGGCAGUCCAGAUAUAUGGGAUGAAUCUUUUGAGGCACCCUUUUGAAUUUAGCAAGCAAUCUCCAACCAACUGCAGUCACACGGAGUUUCAGAAUACGACAUUGCGAAGAACAGUAGAAUCAGUUGCCUGCCAAUGAUUAUCUUCUUGUCUAUAAGUAGCUCCAAAUAAGGCUACCCAAAAUUUUGUUUGUAAAGAAUUAUCAGUUUCAUUUCCAAUUGUAAAUUUUUCAUUAAUUUUUCUUGUAGCCGUUGAAUAUCUUCAUUUGUUAUCAUUCAUCACCAAAUAAUAGGCACGAGUAAGGCCCAAUUAAUUUCA